AUGACCGACCUCCAGGAGGACUACGGACCAGCGCUAUGGGUGGUGAAUACGAUCUUCAUUGCAUUGUCCACAUUCGCUGUUGUUGCCCGUUUUGCAGCUCGACGACUGCAAAAGUUGUCUCUCGGUGCAGAUGACUGGAUUAUCUGCGUAGCCCUUUUCUGGAACUGGCUAUUAUACGGGAUAUUCGUGGGAUGUCGCAUUAAUGGCCUCGGCAAGCAUCGAGAAACCCUCUCACCAGAAAAAGUCGCUAUAUUCGCAGAACUCCUCUACUUCUUCCAGAUCUUCUACGUGCUCGCCCCCCCGACUGUGAAGCUAGCACUCCUUUUUCUGUACCGACGCAUUUUCCAGCAUUCGAGCUUCUUGCGAGUUGUCAACGGCAUGAUCAUUUUCAUCUCUGUGUGGACAAUUAUCAUGACUUUCCUCGCCAUUUUCAACUGCAAGCCGAUUAGCGCCUUCUGGACGACAGAGGGAACUUGUCUUAACUUCAAGCAAUUUGCUAUCGGCUACGCAAUUGUAAAUAUUAUCAGUGAUUUUGCGGUUUGGCUGAUGCCAAUUCCAAGAGUGUGGGAAAUCCAGCUUCCGAAACCACAGAAGAUUGCUCUAUCCCUGAUUUUUGCAUUAGGUCUUUUUGAUUGCGCUGCAGCAAUUGGCCGCCUUCUGCUCUCGAUGCUUGUCCUGGGCGAGUACGACUCCACAUGGCUCUACGCAAAGGGAUACAUGUGGUCCAUUAUCGAAGUUUCAACGGGCAUUAUCUGCACAUGUCUGCCAACGAUGCGAAUACUUUUGAAGACAUUCUUCGGUGGCGCUUUUGCAGGAAUCUUCGGCAUGUCCAGCGUGAAGGCCAGCCGUCUGCCAUCAAGCAAUACACCGUGGUCUAGAACAAAGGAGUAUCAUGAUGAGAUUGGGGGAAGGUCGGUGGAGGUCUCUUCUAACGCUCAGCAUACAAAAAAUGAUUGUGAAUCGCAUGAUGCAGAAUGGGACACGAGCUCCCGGCGGAUUCUGGUGACCGAGGAGGUAAACAUUGAACUUCAGCCAGCCAAACACAGGGCAUCUAUAAGCUUGACUUAA